GCGGCGGCGCCGCGGCCGGCUAACGUGGAGCGGCGGCUGGAGGCGGCGCGGCGUCCGCUCGGGCUCCGGCUCCCGCCCCGGGUGCGCACGCAGUUCCCUCCCCGAGGACCGUCCCUCCGGCUCCGCCCAGCGUGAGGGGCGCGCGGCCGCCGAGACCCCGCGACGCCGUCGACCGCGGAGGAGGAGGCGGCGGGAGCUCGGACCAGCGUCUAGCCGGCGCUGCAGGAUUCACAGAUGGAUUCAGUGGAAAAGACAACAAAUAGAAGUGAACAAAAAUCAAGAAAGUUUUUAAAAAGCCUCAUCCGGAAACAGCCUCAGGAACUGCUCCUGGUCAUCGGGACUGGUGUCAGUGCAGCAGUGGCCCCAGGAAUCCCCGCCCUUUGCUCGUGGAGAAGCUGCAUCGAGGCUGUCAUUGAGGCCGCAGAGCAGCUGGAGGUGCUUCACCCUGGGGACAUCGCUGAGUUUCGGAGGAAGGUGACCAAGGACCGGGACCUGCUGGUUGUUGCCCAUGAUCUGAUCCGGAAGAUGUCACCUCGCACGGGCGACACCAAGCCCAACUUCUUCCAGGACUGCCUGAUGGAGGUCUUCGACAACCUGGAGCAGCACAUCCAGAACCCCUUGGUGCUGCAGUCGGUCCUCAGCCUGAUGGACAGGGGCACCAUGGUGCUGACCACCAACUACGACAACCUGCUGGAGCUCUUUGGCCAGCAGCAGAACAAGCCCAUGGAGUCUCUGGACUUGAAGGAUAAGACGAAGGUCCUUCAGUGGGCAAGAGGACACAUCAAAUAUGGCGUUCUUCACAUUCAUGGCUUGUACACAGACCCCUGCGGGAUGGUAUUGAUCCCCCCAGGGAAUAAAGACGUAGACACCGAAGUAAUGGAAGUGUUCCAGAACUUGUACCGCACUAAGUCCUUCCUGUUCGUGGGCUGUGGAGAGACCCUGCGUGAUCAGAUAUUCCAAGCUCUUUUCCUUUACUCGGUGCCGAAUAAGGUGGAUUUAGAGCACUACAUGGUUGUGCUCAAGGAAAAUGAAGACCAUUUCUUUAAGCAUCAAGCGGAUAUGCUGUUACACGGAAUCAAAGUCGUAUCCUAUGGGGACUGUUUUGACUAUUUUCCGGGAUAUGUGCAAGACCUUGCCACUCAGAUCUGCAAACAGCGGAGUCCAGAUGCUGAUCGAGUGGACAGCACCACGUUAUUGGGUAAUGCAUGUCAGGACUGUGCAAAGAGGAAGUUAGAAGAGAAUGGAAUUGAAGUUUCAAAAAAACUGAGACAAUCAGAUGAUGCUGGAGGGUCUUGAAAUCCUUAAAACCAGCAAACCAGCCCCUGUAACCACAGUGCCGUGCCCAAACGAUGAGGAAUGUACAGAGAACUCCACACGGGUCUCUCAACUCCAAGCCGUCACGUACCCUCAGAGAGCCAUGUGGGUGUGUGGCCCUCCAGGCUGGGUGAGGGUCCCCCGUAGGUGUUUGAGUGCAGGAGGUGACACAUGCACACUGCAGGUGUGCUUUGUGAGGACUGACGGACAGCUACCUCAGGGACCAAAAUCGUUGGGAAGGGAUGGACCUGGUAUUCCCACUUUAUUGCGACAAGAUGGUAUUUUUUCCUAAUAAAAGGGGGGAGAAUAAAGACUUGUACAAGCAACUGUAGUUGCCAAAGAGAAAAUAAGAACUAGAUACAUUUUAUAAUUUUUAUGUGAGAACAUCUGUGAACUGUAGAAAACAUUUUAAAGGUAUGUUUGUUACAUAUUAAAUAGCAAAGAACAUAAGGAUACUACGAAUCCACACUGAAUCCACUAGUGAAAAUGGUGUUUUCAAAAAGAACAAGGAGAUUAAAAGGGCUUCUUUGGAAUUAUGUCAUUUUAGUGACUUCUGUUCCAAAGACGUGGAAGGUCGACAGGCCUUUUCAAAAGCACAGCUUAGUGUCGUGCAGGUCCACUUUGUGACUGAUAAUGAGAAAGUACAAGAUAAUGAAAAAACAAGGCACAAGACCAAGUUUUAAACUUUAGAUUAUAAAUUCCAAGCUUUCCACGUCUAUUCUCUGGGGUAAGGUCCAGACUUUCAGCUCUUAGCUCUUAAAAAUCUCUUCCCAUUGCCCAUAUUAAGAGGGUUUGCACACAGUGAGUUAGGCAGACCUUGGAAAGGGCCUUGCAGCGGUUAAAUGUUCCCAGGGUUUACCCAGGUAGGAACAGCCACGCUGGGUGUCUGGGAGCUUCGAUUGAGACUGUAGUAGAGGCUCUCGUGGUGGUACAGUGAGGUCUUAAAAUGAAGGGUUGUCCUUGGAAACAACAAGCUCUGCUUGGUUUCAACUUGAGGCUACUCAUUUUGAGUGACAUUUCUUGCCAAGCCCUGUGACACUCUCUAUUGAUGGCACUGCAGCCGCCACAGGUGCAGAGAAAGUUGUUAGUAAAAAACGUAAGGUUGGGGUGUGUAGAGAGUGAGAAGAUGGAGACCUGCUGCAGACUUUUUCUCCCUUUUUGAAGCAUGGAAAACAAAUUUUUAUGCCACUCUGGUCAUAAAUAAAAUGUUAACUUUAA